AUGUCAUCAGUUGCACUAAAGAAAAGAAAGGACCAAGGUUUUGAUCAAUAUUUAGAAAAUUCUUCGAUACUUUUAGGACUUUCAAAGCUGGCAAAUCAAAGUUCUGUAAAUGAAGAGUGUUUUAAAAAUUUAAAAAUUAUCGAAAAUGGAAUUACAAAUAAAGAGUCAUGGGCUAUGAAAGUUUUGGAUUCAUCAGGAAAGGUAGAAUCUGGAUUCAUUUGGGGUCACAACUACUGGCUUGGAAGUAAACAGGGUUGUGCUGCAACGCAAGAACCAGUGGGACUUACUUUAUCUAAACAAUUAGAAAGAACCAUGAAGAAAGACCUCAUAAGUCAAAUGGCACCAUUUAAAAUGGACUACCGUGUAGUUUACAUGAGCCAUAAUUCACCUUGGCAAGUUGAGGUUCUAGUCAUGAAAGAAAGAAUCAUACAUAUUGGACUUUGUCUACCAUCUGCAUGCACAUCUUCGGAGAUUAAAAAAUUAACUCAGACUGUAUGUGGUCUAAACAAAUUUCAAGGAAUUAAAAUUCUCGAACUUCAACCAAAAGUAUUGUAUAUAAAAGACCUAAAGUUGAAGGAUAACUUUUUUGAGCAAACAAGUUUAAAAGUUACAAUUUUCUUUGUGGUCUUCACAUUAGUUAUGACUGUUUUGGCUUGGUUUUUCAGCACAGAUGAUGGAACGAAAUCAAUGAAAAUUCCAAGAAUUUUUUCAGUAUUUAUACCAUUCAUCAAAUGUUUUGACCUAAUGAAGAAUGCUCGAGAGCUUUUCACUUUGAGUGAUUCAUCAAUGAACUCGAUUCCAGUAAUAAAUGGCUUGAGAACAGUGUUUUGUUUUUGGAUACUUAUGGGUCAUGUUCUUUAUUACAUGAACUUUACCGUGAAUAAUAAAACCUUUAUGAUGUCACAUAUGGAAAAGGGAUCUUCAAAGUUUAUAACAAUAAUGACAAUGCUGGUGGAUGUGUUCUUUAUUAUUAGCGGAUUUUUGCAAACCUACAACUUUCUAAGAAAUGAGAAGAAAUUGAAUGAUAUUCGGAAGAGUAGUUUUAGAAAGAAUACCAAGGCAUUUGUAAAACUGGUGUUUCAUAGGUAUUUGAGACUUGCUCCUCUUGAGUUUGCUCUGAUCGCAAUAGUAGCUUUGUUUACUUCUUACAUUGAAGAUGUUUCAGUCUUCCAUAUUUACGAUCGCUUUGAUCAAACUUGUCCAAAUUAUUGGUGGAGAAAUGUUCUUUUCAUUCAAAAUGUAUUUGAUAGUUCGGAACUCUGUUUGAAUUGGACAUGGUCACUAGCUUGUGAGAUGCAAUUCUUUUGCCUGAUAUCAGUGUUACUUUUUGUUUAUGCCAAACAUCCCAAUUUAGUUAAAAAUCUAGUAGUGACUGGACUUAUUUCAUCUAUUUUUUGGACCUUCAUUAUUGGACUACAAUCACAGCAUAAACUUUCGUUUGAUGUGGAAAUUCACACUCUUAAUGAAAUCUAUACCAAUUCUUUUGUUCGAAUUGUACCCUACAUUGUUGGAUCAAUAGGCGGAUGGUUUUUAGCUCAACGCAAAGGGAGUUUGAAAAUCAGUUCAACUAUGGAGAAACUCAUAUGGAACAUGACAAUUUUAAUGUUCUUCGCUUGUAUAUAUUCCAACUUCAAAAGAGGGCAUUUGUCUUCAUUUUCUUCGAUGACACUUAUUGUUGGAGCACGAUUAUCCAUCUCUUUAAUAAUUUGUUGGACGAUUGUAGCAAGUGCAACAGGUCGUGGAACUUGGUGGUCAAGAAUACUUGAAUGGAAGAUUUUUCAACACACAAGUCGACUUUCUUAUGCGAUCUAUCUCAUGAAUCCUUUUGUCAUUACAAUUGUAUUUAGUUUGUCUGAAUCAAGUAUAUAUUUUGAUCCAUACCAGAUGAUCAUUCUGUGUAGCGGAUUUUCGAUAAUUGUUUAUUUGAUAUCUAUUAUAUUUUCGCUAGCUUUCGAGAUUCCCUACUCAAAUUGGUCAAGGUGGCUGUUACGGAGAAAUCUUAGAACUGAUUACAAAGAUAAAUCUAUAUUUAAAGAAUGA